UUCACCGUUUAACUAUUAACUUUAUAUUCACCAGUUAACUGUUAGCUUAAUAUUCACCAGUUAAUUGUUAACUUUAUAUUCACCGGUUAACUGUUAACUUUAUAUUCACCGGUUAACUAUUAACUUUAUAUUCACCGGAUAACUGUUAACUUCAUCCUAGUCGAUGUGAGCGCCGCGGCCGCUUUAUAUCCAUCAGUUAACUGUUAACAUUUUCCUGAUCAGUUAUAACGGUGGGAAUAUUCACUGAUUAAAUGUUAUCUUCAUCCUCUUCAGUUAACUGGUAGUUUUAUUCUCAUCAGUUAAUUGUUAACUCAUCCUGAACUCCUUUCUGUUUAUAGGUUAUGCCUUUUCAAUUUCAUGCAUGAUCCUCUGAAAAUUGUCAUGUUUCGUUGGACACACUGAAUGUUUUCCACUAAAAGACAUUUCCCCUGCUAGCAACUGAUGAUUAAAGCGAAAAUUUUUUAAUUAACCAUUAAUUAAUCUUACUAUUUUAACCCAAAAGAACGUUUUUAGAAGCAUGGCCGACUCCGCAUGCUGGCUUUGCAAAAAGUCCGGAAAUAUAGCAUGCAGUGCAUGUUCAACUACAGCAUGUUCAGAGUUCCAUCUUGCUGCACAUUAUACUCAGAUACAGGGACAGGAGAAGAAGUGCAGACCAAUCAGAGUUGAAUACAGGGAGGGAGCAGGGAAUUGUCUAGUGGCAACAGCAGAUAUCAAGCCAGGGGAGGUGAUCCUUCAAGAAUACCCAGCUGUUGUAGCACCUAGCCUCGUGUCUGCAACUGUAUGCUUAGAAUGCUUGAGAAAUUGGCAGGGUGCAAACCUUUGCUCUAAGUGCAAGUUCCCAGUUUGUAACAAGGAGUGUGAGCAAGGGACCAAUCAUAAACAGGAAUGUUCAGUUCUUGCUUUGCUCCCUACAGCUCCUACCUUCAAGCCUGAUGAGAGAUCAAAUCCAGCAUUUGCAUUGAUUGGGGUCAUCAGGUUCCUGUUUCUCCAGGAGAACCCGGAUCUAGCGGAUAGAACAAGUCUUCUAAUGGAUCAUGUGGAUGAUAUUAAGGGAUCUCCCGACCUACUGAAUAUGUGGGAGGGAACUGCAGUACAACAGCUUGUACGCGAACUGCCAAAUAGUAAAUAUACUAAAGAGGAUGUCCUGAGAGCAGUUGGGGUUCUGCAUACAAACAGUGUUGCUGGUAUGGGGAGAGGGCAUGCCUUAUACCCAACCUUCAGUCUUACCAAUCAUUCCUGUAUCUGCAAUUCAAGAUUCCAGAUUUAUCCAGAUAGAUCAAUUCUACUCAGAGCUCAAGUAAGCAUCCCAAAGGGAUCAGAAAUUACCACUCAGUAUCUUACUCCUCUGAUCGGAACCAUGCCCAGAAGGCAAAAGAUAAGAAAGAACUGGUUCUUCUCCUGCAUCUGUGACAGGUGUGCUGACCCAACGGAAAAAGGAACAUUUCUUAGUGGAAUCAUCUGUCAAUCUUGCCAGGAUAUUGUUCUUCCUGCUAAUCCUCUAGAUUAUGAGACAACCUGGAAGUGCAUGAAAUGUUCAGUAGAGACUACUGGUGCCACGGUCCAGGCAUUAAUGAAUAGUCUGCAGGCUGAUCUGGACUCGACUGACCCAGCAGAUUUUGAUGCUCUUCAAACUAAGAGAAAAAACUGGGCAAAGGUUCUUCAUCAGAAUCAUUAUCUUUUCCUACAGCUGAAGAGGAACAUUUUAGGUUGCUUAAAGAUGCUCCCUGAAGCUCGGCUGGAGCAGCAGAACAGGAAAAGGUUGGAAUUGCAGGUUGCCCUGGCAGAACAAAAUAUUCAAGUCUUUGAUGUGUUGGAUCCAGGGUUAACUAUUCUUCGAGGAAGAAUGAUUCAACAUUGUAAUGGACCGAAACUCCAGCUUGCUAAUAUGGAUUUAAAGAAUAAAAAGAUCUCAAGAUUGGAAUUCCUUCAAGCUACGGCCAGAUCCUUGAAUAAUGUGAAGAUUGCAACCAGCUGUUUCGAGGAUUAUCAGCAAGAUCCCUCAGUGGGCUCGGAUUAACAAGAUAAACUCUAAGUGGGCUCGGAACAAAAUAUUGUACGGCUUAAGAAUGCGUCUGAUAUCCUAGCCAAAUGCCAAAUUAUUAUAAUAUAAAAAAUCAACAUUUUUUACCUCAAAUAAGUAGUUUUUGUAAUUUUUCUAUGAUGAUAAAA